GUACCAAUGGUUCUGGUUGGAAAGGCUGAUAGCAGCAUUUGUUGGAAGGAUCGUUAUUGGGUAAAGGCUAAUCUCUGGAUCAUAGUUUUCAGUUAUGUUGGAAAUUACUUUUGGACCCACUAUUUUUUCACCGUCUUGGGCGCUUCUUACACCUUUCCCUCAUGGAAGAUGAACAAUGUACCACACACAACUUUCCUUCUCACGCACGUGUGCUUUUUGUUUUACCAUGUUUCAUCAAAUAUGACACUUCGUAGGCUUCAACAUUCUAUUGAUCACUUGCCAGAGAAGACACAAUGGCUUUUUAAGGGCGCCUGGAUUCUAGCUUUUUCAUAUUUUAUAGCAUAUCUUGAGACCUUAGCUAUUUCCAACUUUCCCUAUUACGAGUUUGUGGACCGGGCUUCCAUGUAUAAAGUUGGAUCCUUGUUUUAUGCAAUUUAUUUUAUGGUCAGCUUCCCAAUGUUUUUAAGGUAUGUAACUAUAUCCAGACAAUCCACCACAUCAGCACCCCCGCCACCACCAACAAAAAUGAAAAAAUAAUAAUCUAUUCAUGUAUUUGUCAUAAUGUUGUAUUAUAUUAUUUCAAGCAUAAUGCAUGGCUAUUUGCUAUGGGCAUGACUUUUGGGUGAUUGUGGUAGCACCAUAACAGUGCCUUUUUUGUUAGUCUUGUUGAACCUGAGCACGUAUUCACA